UGUACCCUUUAGUGAAAGAAUUCAGCUCCUUGCGAGAAAGUUACCUGUGGCCGCCCAAGUCCGCCACUUUGUGCUCUGUGGCUGCCCACUGCCACGAUCCGGGAGGACUCCGCGCCGCCCGGCCGCCUCCGAGCUCGGGCCCCAUGUGAGGGGGCCCCCCCUUAUCCCACCUUUCCGGCUAGGUGAGGGCGCGAGCGGGCGAGCGAGCGACAGUGGUGAGGGGGGACGGAAAAGCAGAAUUACCUGUAGCUCUUGUUCUGCCAUCUCGGGCGCUCUCACACACCUUCACCUGCACAGACUUGAAAGUCCAGUUUCACCAGAGGCUGAGGCUCCAGGAAAAGGGGAGCGAGUUCAUUGGAUCAAACAUGUCACAAGAGUCGGACAAUAAUAAACGACUGGUGGCCUUAGUGCCCAUGCCCAGUGACCCUCCAUUUAAUACCCGAAGAGCCUACACCAGUGAGGAUGAAGCCUGGAAGUCGUAUUUGGAGAACCCCCUGACGGCGGCCACCAAGGCGAUGAUGAGUAUCAACGGUGAUGAGGACAGCGCCGCCGCCCUUGGCCUGCUGUAUGACUACUACAAGGUUCCUCGAGACAAGAGGCUGCUGUCUGUAAGCAAAGCAAGUGACAGCCAAGAAGACCAGGAUAAAAGAAACUGUCUUGGCACCAGUGGAGCCCAGAGUAGUUUGAGUGGAGGAGAAAACCGAGUGCAGGUCCUAAAGACUGUUCCAGUGAACCUUUCCCUAAAUCAAGACCACCUGGAGAAUUCAAAACGGGAACAGUAUAGCACGAACGUCUCUGAGAGCCCAGCCGUCGUCCCCAUGGCGGGAAUCACAGUGGUGAAGGCCGAAGAUUUCACACCGGUUUUCACGGCCCCACCUGUGCACUAUCCCCGGGGAGAUGGUGAGGAACAACGCGUGGUUAUCUUUGAGCAGACUCAGUAUGGCGUGCCGUCCGUGGCCAGCCAUAGCGCCUACCUCAAGGAUGAUCAGCGCAGCACCCCGGACAGUACCUACAGCGAGAGCUUCAAAGACGGAAACACAGAGAAAUUUCGGAGUGCUUCAGUUGGGGCUGAGGAGUACAUGUAUGACCAGACAUCAAGUGGCACAUUUCAAUACACCCUGGAAGCCACCAAAUCUCUCCGUCAGAAGCAGGGGGAGGGCCCCAUGACCUACCUCAACAAGGGACAGUUCUAUGCCAUCACGCUCAGCGAGACGGGGGACAACAAGUGCUUCCGACACCCCAUCAGCAAAGUCAGGAGCGUGGUAAUGGUGGUCUUCAGUGAAGACAAAAACCGGGACGAACAGCUGAAAUACUGGAAGUACUGGCACUCUCGACAGCACACGGCCAAGCAGAGGGUCCUCGACAUCGCUGAUUACAAGGAGAGCUUUAAUACGAUUGGCAACAUUGAAGAGAUUGCAUAUAAUGCUGUUUCCUUCACCUGGGACGUGAAUGAAGAAGCUAAGAUUUUCAUCACUGUGAAUUGCCUGAGUACAGAUUUCUCCUCCCAAAAAGGAGUGAAAGGACUUCCUUUGAUGAUUCAGAUUGAUACAUACAGUUAUAAUAAUCGUAGCAAUAAACCCAUUCAUAGAGCUUAUUGCCAGAUCAAGGUCUUCUGCGACAAAGGAGCGGAAAGAAAAAUCCGAGACGAAGAGAGGAAGCAGAACAGGAAGAAGGGGAAAGGCCAGACCUCCCAAACCCAGUGCAACAACUCCUCUGAUGGGAAGUUGGCGGCGAUACCGUUACAGAAGAAGAGCGACAUCACCUACUUCAAGACAAUGCCUGAUCUGCACUCCCAGCCCGUCCUCUUCAUACCCGAUGUUCAUUUUGCAAACCUGCAGAGGACAGGACAGGUGUAUUACAACACGGAUGAUGAACGAGAAGGCAGCAGUGUCCUUGUGAAACGGAUGUUCAGGCCCAUGGAGGAGGAGUUUGGUCCAGCACCUUCUAAGCAGAUGAAGGAAGAAGGGAUGAAGCGAGUGCUUUUGUACGUGAGGAAGGAGACAGACGACGUGUUUGAUGCCUUGAUGUUGAAAUCCCCCACCGUGAGGGGCCUGAUGGAAGCGAUAUCUGAGAAAUAUGGGCUGCCCGUGGAAAAGAUAACAAAGCUUUACAAGAAAAGCAAAAAAGGCAUCCUGGUGAACAUGGACGACAACAUCAUCGAGCACUACUCGAACGAGGACACCUUCAUCCUCAACAUGGAGAGCGUGCUGGAAGGCUUCAAGAUCACGCUCAUGGAAAUCUGAG